CCUCUUCAACGAGCCAAUGUAUGUGGAACCGCCCGCUCCUGCGAAGGUACUCGAGAGCAGUGCCGACACGCGAGUUCGGAGUGCUCGCGGAGACGCUCCGAGGCGUCCGUCCCGCACCCCUCCAGCGCAGACAUCGCACGUCGAGAAGUGGCGUCUCACUGUCGACACCGCGAAGAGUCUCCGCGUUACCCUCCCGCCCGCGCCACCGACGACGCCCACAUCGGCGUCGAUGCCGGAUUCCCCUACUCCGACCGACCACGAGAGACGUAGUCCGGUAGGCCGGCGCGUGCAGGACCCGGUAUAUCGGACAGAGAGCGUGCGUUCAGGGCGGGGUGCCACCGCGGCGCCACACCGGGCGCAGAAGAGAAAUCAGUUCUUCCGAACAAAGCCAUGCCGGUUCUUCGCAGAGCCCACAGGGUGCGUCAAGGGCGAUAGGUGCAACUUUAUGCACGAGACCCCGGAGCACGGAAGGCUCCCGACAGGUCUUGCUGUGGCCGCGGAAGUUAUGUCAGAGGGCGAAGAGGAGAGUGCAGCAGACUCUAGCGUACAAGGCGAGCUCUCUUCGAGCACUGCGGCGACAUCCGAGGCGCCAACAUGCUCCUCAGUGACGGCGGAGGACCAGAAGACCAACUUCUACCCCGUCACCUGGCGGGUUGUCGGCGGCGGGGUCACGCUGGGAGGAAAACGGGAAGUAUGUGAGAACUUCUUGAUGGGGCGGUGCUCAGAGGGCGUCGACUGCAAGUAUGCUCAUCCAGAAACCAAUGAGGAUGAAGAUGACUCCGUCUACGGCUAUCCGGAAGCCCCCAUGUUCAGCCCCAUCUCCCCCAUUUCUCCCGUCCUCGUCCCGUAUCCGGUCAUGUACCCCUUCGUGCCCUCAAUCCAGGCCUUCGCCUUCCCCACACUCCCUACUGGUCUUCCCAUGGCGGCUCCAGCGUCCAUCCAGGCAGCCCCUACCCCGAAGGCCAUGCAUCGCGCGAAGAAGAGCCUCACACUCAUUACACCCGCCGCACAGCCAGUGGCGAUGCCCCAAGCGUACUCGCCACAUCGCAUUGUGGACGGAAGCACGCUUCUCGAUCGCGAACCCCCUGCUGGCAUGUACCGCCCGGAUGGCAUUUGGGCGGCUCGCUCUGUAGUCAGACCGUUGUCUACGCCGCCGACGCCCGUUCAUGGUCCGGACGUUGGCGUGGCAAGGCUCUUCGCCGCGGAGAUGCCUUGAGGUGUCUGCACGCCUCCCCCCGCGCCCCCUCGCGCACGUCAUCUUUCCCCCCGGCUCCCGGUUCUCUUCAUCAUUCAAUAUCUUCGUCGGACGGUGUUCGUCAGCAAUAUUUUAUUCCACUCGGCACGUACGCCGCGGUGUGACCUACGUUAUUUCGCAUUCGUGUAUUGCG